AUGAUGGAUUGUCCCAAAGAAUCUGUCGCUAUGACCUUACAUGCUUCUCAGCCACAAGGGCAUACCGCCACAGAACCCGGCAACCUCGCGCCACAUGCUUCCUCAACUGGUAGAUCCGAACGUCACCUGGGGACUUAUGAAGCCCUGGACCCAGCCCGGCAUCAGAUCCGUAUCCUGAACUUGCUACCCGGAAGUUGGGAGGAUCCUAUACGUUGCAAUACCUUCGUUGUAUCUUUGGACGAACAUCCGAUCUAUCAUGUCUUGUCUUAUGUCUGGGGCGAUCCCGAUGUCACCCGCGAGAUCUACUUCAACGGUGUAGAGACGCUGAUAACAACCAAUCUCUUCGACGCACUCCGACGCCAGCGGUGUCUCGAUAAAGUUGUCAAGAUUUGGGCGGAUGCCCUAUGUAUUAACCAGGCUGAUAUGGGCGAGAAGGGGCAUCAGGUUCAAUACAUGGGUGAUAUCUUUUCUCAUGCUGAGCUUGGCAUCAUGUGGAUCGGCGAGACUGAGAUACCGGGCUUUGAAGAGAUCGACCAGCUUUGUGGUAACAUGGUUGAGAAUGAGUCUGACCCUGAUGUGCAGAUGGCAGCACUCGAGCGGCUGCUAGAAACCAUGAAGCACGUCACUUCCCAACCAUGGUGGUAUAGAAGCUGGACACUUCAAGAAGCCGUGUUGCCGCCUCAAAUUUGGUUUCAGUGCAGCACGCAUAAGCUGCGGUGGGAGCUACUUGAAUAUGCCUUCGGAUUAUGGCUCGAAAGGUUCCAAAAUAUCCGAUAUCCCGUCUACUUGAGCAUACUGUCCGUCGCUCGUCAACUGUGGCCGCUUCUAGUCCUGAGGCAAGGCCGUCAAUGGACAUAUUUCAUCUACGCGCUCAAUUUGUCGAAGAGAAGGCUAGCAUCCAACAGGCGUGACAAGGUCUAUGCUCUGAUUGGCCUUGCCCCGACUACGUCUCCCCCUUUGACUGUAGACUACUCUCUGCAGUGCUUCGAAAUCUGCUGCACAUUGUUGGUCGAGAUCAUUCAUCACACAGGCGAUCUUUUUGCUCUUUUUCGGGGGCACGAAAGAGAAAGAGACCCACUACUACCGUCCUGGGCACCAGAUUGGUGUGGUGACAAGAUCUUGCCCGAUGAGAUGGAUUUCGGGGUAAUAGCCGGGCACUUGGAUCAAUUCGACGCGGCCAAAGGAAGAACAGCCCGCAUUCUCUCGGCAUCAGCGCCCGGAGUUCUCACGUUGCUUGGGAAGUCGACUGACGACCAGGUAACAUUGAUCAUUGGGGUUGAUGAGUUUGCAAGCUAUCUUACGUACGAAGUCCUAGAUGCAAUAUUAUCGGCAGCGUCCAGAGGGGAUCUGGUAAACGCAGGGACAAUCCGAGACAUCGUAACGCCCCGGCAACGUUGCACCGGAGAUGAAGCUCAGUAUCUGAUACAGGUUCAGCAAUUGAUCCAAGCAAGUCAGUCAUGUGCAUUCGAAGCCCGUGAAGAUGACCUAAGCGAAGCCCUUCGUUCCCUCGUGAAGAAGAACGGAUCUAUAGAGGCUUCCUGUAAACGGUUGAGGGGCUUUAUCUAUCUUGCAAAGAGUCAUUGGCCUCGGUUCACCUAUUUCCUGACCCAUGGUGGCCGGUUGGGAAUCGGGUCCCGAGAGGUGCAAGUCUCCGAUAGAGUCCGCGUUCUGUUCGGUGGCAAGGUGCCUUUUAUCCUCCGCCCGGUACGACAAAGCAAAUCUAUCGCUGGCCAGAGCUACGAAUAUGUGAGUCACGCAUUUGUCCAGGGCAUCAUGCAUGGCGAGGCAGUCGAGGAGUCUUCAGAAGAAGAGUGGAUAAAUUUGGUUUAA